AUGUCAACCCUGGACGAGGCAGUAUCCAAACGACACCGCUUGUCGAUUUGGCAUGUCUACCACAAAAGCGACGAGCACAUCACAAUAACACCAUUCCUUAACCCGAGAAAGGAGCUCGGAUCCAACAAAAAGAGACACGACAAGCUCGCAGCUGGAUACCUCAAGCCCCGAGACCGAACCGAUGAAUCCAACGGCUAUUUCGUGCACCACCCGACUCUUCUCUUCCACAAUACACCACGUACUCUCCGUCGCGGAAACAGGAAGAACGGAGCACCGAUCUGCUUAAUAAAGUGCGGGGCCUUUUGGCGGAAUUGGACAAUCCAGUUCGGCAGUAAUCUGAAGGAUAUCAUUGAUCCUAGAGGUGUGGUAAAAUGGGAAUGUCGCAGUAACCCAAACAAUACAACUCUCAACGAUGAUCGUGCUUUGAAAGCGUAUAAGGUCCGUACGUGGAGGGUUUGGGGAGAAAGUGGGGAAAGUUAUCACCGUCAAGUGAAUGCGAGACGCAAGGCCGAAAAGGAAGAACUUGCCAAAGGAAAGCAAAAGGCGAAAGCAUUAAAUAAUGGUCCCGUUGGGAUGGAGAAUAUCACUGAAGCUGGGAAGCAAGACUCGAGUUAUUCACAUACGAAAUUCCCAAGCCCUCCUUCUCACUCUGCAGUACGACAGGGGUCUAUACCACAGCCAUCUGUUGCCGAAGAAACGGUCCGUCUCAACUGGAGCUCUCCAUUCUCGUUGAAUCCUCGGCGUUAUAGCUUCGAAUACGCCAAUAUCAAGUUCUCCUGGAAAGGAACGAGAGACGUCCACCCAGAUGACCAAUUAGCUAGAUGGUUCAUGCCCUUCAGUCACUUGAAGUUGAUUGCCAGACUCCCUGGGAUUGAGAGUGAAGAUAUCUUCGUUGGGAAAUACACACCAAGCUUCGCGUACCGAAAAUUUGGCGAGUUGUGGGUUUUCGAUUCUGCGGUAUCCGAGCUGCUUGGCGAGGAUCAUUUCUCUACUUGCACUGAGGAUGUUGCAGCUAGUGAAUUGUGGAAUAUUCGGCAGACCCGAUUGUAUGAAUUAAUUAUGGCGACUGCCAUGUGUAUGAUAAUUGGCGAGUCGCAGAAGCGGAUGAUUAUCAUGUUGCUAUUUACAAUAGCAGCGGAAGGAGGGAAUUCAUGUUAG